GCUAAAAAUGCAUUGCGCACAUACAUUGCGAAUGAAGAUGUCGUAAGAGAUGUCCAAUAUGAAUGUGAUGUGGUUGUCCAUCAUAAUCAACCUCUGGAUAAUCUUCGUGUAGAAUAUGCAAUGUACAUUCCUCUAGUAGCCUCGACAGUUGUUAGGCGCGAUGAAGAGGGUCAGGGAGACCGUAAUGUUGAAAGUGAUGUCUUGAUGGCUUUAUUGCUUCGAAACAAGCAACGAGGCAGCAUGACAGCCCAACACUUCAGGGAUCUGUUAAGGCGGAUGAAAGGGAGGUUGCCUGCAUUUAGCAUGAAUCAGAUUAACAUUGAGAAGAUUAUUUUUUUUUGGAAGAAGCAGUACUUCACUCUAAAUUCUAUGUUGAAAACGAGGAUGUUUGCUUGGGACUUGACAAACUUGUGCGUCGUUGAUGGACCGAUUGCUGGAGCGCGUGACUACCUAGUGGCAAACAAGUUUGCUAGAUUUUGGUGCAUUGAACCAUGUCCUUUGUUCAAGAAAAUGAUGGAGGUUUUCGACAACGUGUCCCUAGAAGAGCUGAUUGAAAGUGUGGGCUCCUGUUCGAGUGGUGAUCCAACAGAAGACAUAAAGUUUAUUGAUGCUUCUGAUUAA